GCGAUAAUUGGAAGACUGGGACUAGUAUAGUAGCGCGCGAAAAGAUCUCAACAUGGCGGACAACUCAGCAGGAAAACAUUCAACAAGGAACGAGCGAGUGUGAUAGAUCGCUAAAUCGUACUCCUUAUAUUGUGGAGAAAUUAUACGAUAAAUCUUGUGAAGCAGAGGAUAGUUUUGCUAGAAGAUGGAUCCGUCCGAAGUCGAAUUCUUGGCGGAACAGGAGUUGAUUUCUAUUCUGCCGAACUUUUCGGAGAAGAAAGUUUAUCUUAUUGGCGGAGAUAUAGGACCAUUCAAUGCCUCCCUGCCCACAGAUGUACCUUUGUGGGUCGCUCUGAACCUCAAACAAAGAAAGAAAUGCAGAAUCCAGGCACCAGAAUGGAUGGAUGUAGAAAAACUGAGGACACUAAAGGAAGAGGAAAACAAAGAAGAGUAUUUCACUAAGAUGCCUUCUAAGUACUACAUGGAAAUGGCUUCAUUACUUUUGAGCUGUGCUGCAGAGGAUAUACCACAUGCUGACGAGGUCCGUACCCUGGUCAAAGAUAUCUGGGACUUGCGGGUAGCUAAACUAAGGAAAUCUGUGGAUUUGAUGGUUGGACAGCAAGCUGUUCAUGCUAGGCUGGAUGACUUGACUUUGAUGGAAAUCAACACUAUUCGCCCGUUACUGACAGAAUCAUUAAACCACAUGCAUAAUCUGCGUUGUGUGGCUUCAGAGAACCCAUCCACUGAAUCAUAGCACUCAAGUGCUUCUGUGUGAAGGGUACAGAAUAGACAUGCUAGAAUUGCCAAGGGCUGGGGCAUUGGCUGUGUAACAUAUUUUGGUUGAGGGGCUUCAGAGAACCCAUCCACUGAAUCAUAGCACUAAAGUGCUUCUCUGUGUGAAGGGUACAGAAUAGACAUGCUAGAAUUGCUAAGGGCUGGGGCAUUGGCUGUGUAACAUAAAUAAAGUUCAUCUCUCGUGUA